ACAAAACGACCGUCGACGACUUGGAUCUGUCAAAACAAAAAAGUUUUCCCUCACAUAACGCACGGACCCGUACAGGAGCGACAUUUAUGUUUAUCCGCAGUUUCCGUUCUGUUUUUCAGUUAAAUGUGUUUUCCCAUUAAUUUCAUGUGAAUAAUAUGUCGUCGCUAUCAGCAAGUGCAGAGAAUUUAACGGGCGACUCGCAGAGCAACGAUGGAUCGUCGAUGUGCUUGGAGCUGGCGCUUGAGGGCGAGCGACUCUGCAAGGCGGGCGACUGCCGGGCCGGAGUGGCUUUCUUUCUGGCAGCCAUUCAAGCCGGAACCGAUGAUCUUAGAACACUCAGUGCCAUUUAUAGUCAACUCGGAAACGCUUACUUCUACUUAGGGGACUAUUCAAAAGCUAUGCAUUAUCACAAAUUGGAUCUGACUCUCGCCAGGUCAAUGAAUGACAAACUCGGCGAGGCAAAAUCAUCGGGCAACUUGGGCAACACAUUCAAAGUGAUGGGCCGAUUCGAUGAGGCUGCCAUCUGUUGUGAUCGUCAUUUGACUUUAGCUAGACAAUUGGGCGACCGCUUGUCUGAAGGUCGAGCUCUCUACAAUUUAGGUAAUGUCUAUCAUGCAAAAGGAAAACAUAUGGGACAAAAAGACCCCGGAGACUUCUCAGAAGAAGUAAAGGAGGCACUUACAAAAGCUGUUGAAUUUUAUCAACAAAACUUGAAACUAAUGAGGGAACUUGGUGAUCGUGGAGCUCAAGGAAGGGCUUGCGGGAAUUUAGGAAACACUUAUUAUCUACUCGGUGAUUUUGAGGCUGCCAUUGAACAUCAUCAGGAACGUCUGCGAAUCGCUAAAGAAUUUGGAGACAAAGCAGCUGAGCGCAGAGCAAAUAGCAACCUGGGUAAUUCGCACAUAUUUUUGGGUCAGUUCGAGGAAGCAGCCGAUCACUACAAACGAACAUUAUCACUUGCGAUCGAGCUCGGCGAACAAGCGGUUGAAGCACAAGCAUGCUACAGCCUGGGAAAUACGUAUACUCUCCUCCGCGACUUCCAGACAGCUAUCGAUUAUCAUUACAGGCAUCUGGCCAUCGCACAAGAGCUUGGUGACCGAGUAGGUGAAGCAAGAGCUUGUUGGAGUUUAGGAAAUGCUCAUUCGGCUAUCGAUGAUCAUGAGAAGGCACUGCAUUUUGCAGAAAUGCAUUAUUCUUUAGCCAAGGAACUUAAUGAUACUGUUGGAAUAUCUACUGCCAAAGUGAAUAUUAUCGAUUUAAGAAAACAUUUGGGACUUCCAGAUUUUGUUGACGACGCGGAUACAUCGUCGGAGGCACCAUCAUCAACUGGAUCGGAAAAUACUCAAGUAAAUUCUCUGUCUAAUUCUAGAGUUGUUCGAGUUCGUCGUCAAAGCAUGGAACAGUUGGAUUUGAUUAAGAUUACACCUGAUGGAAAGCGACAAAAUGCUGUUCAACAGGAGGAAGUUAAGCCCAAGCCGGCGAAAAUGAAUGAAGAUGAAUUCUUUGAAAUGUUGUCUCGAUCACAAAGCAAACGUAUGGACGAUCAGCGUUGUUCAAUAAAGAUGAUCGGAAAGGAAAGCCAAAGGAAACCAUUAACACAACAAAAUGUAAAUGCAAAUGUGCCAAAGGAUAAUGGAAACUAUCUAUUAGAAAUGAUUGCCGAUGUUCAGUCAAAACGCAUGGAUGAGCAGCGAGCAAUUCUUCCCGGUUUGAAAAAUCGUAGCGGAGCCAAUAACGUGAUCAAUACACAACCACGAAACAAUGGCGCGCCCGAUGAUGCAUUCCUUGACAUGUUAAUGCGAUGUCAGGGCUCUCGAAUAGAAGAACAAAGAUCCGAGCUUCCAAGACCCAAUGUAACAAUGGACGCUGAAAAUAGUGAACCGCGUGCCCGCGGUACCUCAAAUAUUGGAGCCACUGUGCCCGAUGAAGAUUUCUUCUCGCUCAUAAUGCGUGUACAAAGUGGUCGAAUGGAGGACCAAAGAGCAACUAUUCCACUCGCUCGAAUACAGACAGCAACACAUUCCACAAAGAAAAAUGAUUCAAGUGAUACAACGUCCAAAAAUCCAAAAUAAUUAGUUCAUUUUCUCAUCAACGUUCCAUCAACAAUAAGAGCAUUCUAAUCGUAGUGUUUAGCCUAAAUGAAAUUUAUUUUACGUAAUUUUUUUAACAGAUUUUUUUGUAUUGUAUCCUAAUUUCAUAAUGCGUUUGUUUUCGUUUGUAACCACCUUACUAAACAACAAAAUGAGGAAGAGGAGAACUUACUCGAAACCGAAUUAUAUCUAUCUAAAUAUUACCAAAAAAAAAACUUUACUCUUAUCUACACAUACGACUCCAUUGUGUUCAAUAUGCAAAUUUACAACAAAAAUGGAAAAAUAUGGAAACCCUUUUUGGUCGUAUUUUGAAGACUUCAUAUCUAUGUAUAUUAAAAAGUUGAACAUUUAGUACAUAUUAAAUCCAGAGGAUAAUAUUCAAUCAAUGGUAACUUGCGGGAGGAGAGGAGGCGCAUAGAAUACUAAUAGACGAUACUCUCUAAUGAAAGGAAUUAUUAAAUUACAUUCAAAUGAAAAUUCUAUUUAUUAUUACUGUUGUACUCAGAAACGCUUAACAGGUUGUAAAGAUAUUGACAAAAACAUUCGAACACAAAACACAUAAGAAAUCAUCGACAAAAAAGAAACCAAACGGGCGCUUUAUGAAAUAUUAAUUAUAUGUAAAAGAUGCUAAAAUUUCAUUCAUCUGAAAUAAAUUUGAAAAUAAGAAA